AUGUUGUCGAAGGUCGGUGUGAUGAGGAGAAUUUCACUCAGUGCUGACUUACAGCGUCAACUUGAGAAGGCACCUUUUCAUCCGGUUAUAGUAGUUGGUGGAGGGCAUGCUGGGUGCGAAGCGGCCACUGGAUCAGCUAGAACCGGAACUCCCACUACACUAGUGACCCCCCAUAUCAAUAAAAUUGGAACUGCGUCAUGUAACCCCUCGAUGGGAGGAGUAGGAAAGGGGACUUUACUCCGAGAAAUUGAUGCUUUAGAUGGAGUAGCUUCAAGGAUCACCGAUAAGGCAGGAAUUCACUUCAAGAUAUUGAAUGCUUCUAAGGGACCAGCAGUGCAUGGACCCAGAGCCCAAAUCGACCGGAAGAUAUACCUCGAGGAGAUGCAAAAAGAGAUCUUGAACUACAAGGGGUUAAAUGUACUUGAAGCUCAAGUUGAAGAUAUUAUCAUAGGUCCGGUUAAGGAUAAGUCAGUGGAUACAGAAGGAAGGUUAUUUGGAAACGUCGAAGGAGUGGUAUUAGGUGAUGGACAAGUCUUAAGAUGUGACAAGGUAGUUAUUACUACGGGAACGUUUUUGGGAGGAGAGAUUCAUAUUGGUUUGAAGGCAUACCCCUCUGGAAGAAUAGGCGAGGCUGCAACUUUUGGGUUAUCCAAGACUCUAAAAGAUGCUGGCUUCAGGUUGGGACGUUUGAAAACUGGCACACCUCCAAGAUUGUCAUCAAAAUCUAUCGACUAUACGAAUCUAGAAGUUCAACCUUCAGACUAUCCACCACAACCAAUGUCAUUUUUGAGCGAUAGGGUUGAUCUACAAGAAAACCUAGUUGAUUGUCACAUCACUUCCACCACUCCAGAAAUGCAUAAACUCAUUGCAAGCAAUCUCGAUAAGUCAAUUCACAUUCGAGAAACUGUCAAAGGACCCAGAUACUGUCCUUCGAUCGAAUCCAAGAUCAUCAAGUUCCCACAAAAGUCUUCUCAUAUGGUUUGGCUUGAGCCCGAAGGUUUAGACACUGACCUAGUGUAUCCAAAUGGGAUCUCUUGUACCAUGCCUGAAGAGAUUCAAGAGCAAAUGGUAAGAAUGAUUCCUGGCUGUGAGAAUGUAACUAUGGUUCAGCCCGGGUAUGGAGUCGAAUAUGACUAUGUGGACCCUCGUGAACUCGAUGUGACAUUGAAGACUAAAUUAGUUGAAGGUUUAUUCUUAGCUGGUCAAAUCAAUGGUACUACUGGUUAUGAAGAAGCAGCAUCACAAGGUUGCUUGGCGGGUAUAAAUGCUGGUUUGGCACAUCUUGGAAAAGAUCCUUUGAAGAUACUCAGAUCAGAUGGAUAUAUUGGUGUAUUAGUGGACGACUUGAUUACUAAAGGAGUAGAAGAGCCAUACAGAAUGUUCACUUCUCGGUCUGAAUUCAGAAUUUCUAUAAGAGCAGAUAACGCAGAUAAGAGAUUGACCGAGAAAGGCUAUAACGCUGGGGUUGUUAGUGAAGAAAGGUAUUUGAAGUUUAAGAGUGAAAUCAAGCAGUUCGAACAAAUCAAGGAGCACAUGCAAAAUCUCAAGCUUUCAGGAGCAAGAUGGUCGCCAGUGUUGAAAGGAUUGAUUUCUGACGUUAAGAGAACAGCAUAUGUUGAUGGUUGGAAACUUCUAUCAUACAAGGGAAUCGGCUUAGAAGACUUUCUUCCUCACCUUGAGUCCUUCGUUGAUGGCACUGUACCUCAAUUCUACCAACAGAUAAACUCUCGUUUACUUCAGAGAAUCAAUAUUGAAAGCUCCUAUGAUCCUUGGAUGAAGAAAGAGGAAGCCCAUCUCAAAGCAUAUGAGGCAGAUGAAAAUCUUCUUUUACCCUUAAAUUACAAUUACACUAAUGAAGGGAACUUGAAAAUUUCAUAUGAAGUGUGCCAUUUACUUAAUACUAUUCAACCUGAGACAAUUGGACAAGCAAGAAGAAUACAAGGGGUAACACCAGCGGCAAUUUUUGAAUUAUUCCAGUUGGUAAAGGGCAAACAAUCAAUAUUGGCCUCUCAAAGAGGAAUUGCUUGAUAUUCAAUAUUCAACAAAUAACGUGAGAUGAAAUUCUAUCUGUAAAUAUAUAUACACUAUUAUACGAGUAUAGAUUCUAGCUAGAAUCGUCAGUGAAAUUUUCUAUAGAGGGGUCUUCAUUAAUGUCGGAAUCGUCAAGGUCUUGGUCAUCAACUUCCACCAUGUUGGUGUAAUACGUGUUUUUGAGGCAAUUAUUUAACUCCAUCAACAGCUCAAGUGGCAAGUGUUUACCAGCAAGCUCUGAAAAAUAGUUCACAUUAUUAGCUCUAGCACCGUUUACUGUUGGGUACUUCAAUCGGCGUAUGAAGAGCAUCACAUCUCGUAUGGUGAUCUCUGUUCCACCCCUGUGUCUAGCGUAAACUUCUAAAUCAGAUGUCAAAUUUGUAAGAAACGUUUCUGACUGCUGUUGCACCAAACCCAAAGCUUCCGAGGUUGAUUUGAGACGUUUACGCUUCUUAUUAUUUUCCAAAGUUAAGGAGCCAAGCAAACUCUUAAUGGUUUUACGGGAAAGACCAUAAUCUGAGUCCAAUCCGUUUGAAUUUUCACUAUUUGUCUUCCCAGAAACUCUACUAACCAAAUAGGGUUUAUCUAUAAUUGAAGUAUCAUCAAUUCUGGGUAAUAUAUCAUUGUCGAAUUUAUGCACCUGGUCAAGGGGAGUGUAGCCAAACAUAUCGUGAUCAUCGGAUGAAUCACCAGGAAAACCAGCUGAAUGAUUGUCUCCUUCAACGGGUAUAUCAUCUUCAAAACUCUCAGGUUGUGUA